AUGUGCCCCUAUUGUCAAGGUGCCAUGCUGUGCCCCUAUUGUCAAGGUGCCAUGCUGUGCCCCUAUUGUCUAGGUGCCAUGCUGUGCCCCUAUUGUCAAGGUGCCAUGCUGUGCCCCUAUUGUCUAGGUGCCAUGCUGUGCCCCCUAUUGUCUAGGUGCCAUGCUGUGCCCCUAUUGUCAAGGUGCCAUGCUGUGCCCCUAUUGUCAAGGUGCCAUGCUGUGCCUUCUAUUGUCAAGGUGCCAUGCUGUGCCCCUAUUGUCAAGGUCCGCAGUCCUGCCGCCCUGGGUCCCCCGCCCGCCCUGCAGGUCCGCAGUCCUGCCUCCCUGGGUCCCCCGCCCGCCCUGCAGGUCCGCAGUCCUGCCGCCCUGGGUCCCCCGCCCGCCCUGCAGGUCCGCAGUCCUGCCGCCCUGGGUCCCCCGCCCGCCCUGCAGGUCCGCAGUCCUGCCUCCCUGGGUCCCCCGCCCGCCCUGCAGGUCCGCAGUCCUGCCUCCCUGGGUCCCCCGCCCGCCCUGCAGGUCCGCAGUCCUGCCUCCCUGGUCCCCCGCCCGCCCUGCAGGUCCGCAGUCCUGCCGCCCUGGGAUCCCCCGCCCGCCCUGCAGGUCCGCAGUCCUGCCUCCCUGGGUCCCCCGCCCGCCCUGCAGGUCCGCAGUCCUGCCUCCCUGGGUCCCCCGCCCGCCCUGCAGGUCCGCAGUCCUGCCGCCCUGGGUCCCCCGCCCGCUCUGCAGGUCCGCAGUCCUGCCGCCCUGGGUCCCCCGCCCGCCCUGCAGGUCCGCAGUCCUGCCUCCCUGGGUCCCCCGCCCGCCCUGCAGGUCCGCAGUCCUGCCUCCCUGGGUCCCCCGCCCGCCCUGCAGGUCCGCAGUCCUGCCGCCCUGGGUCCCCCGCCCGCCCUGCAGGUCCGCAGUCCUGCCGCCCUGGGUCCCCCGCCCGCCCUGCAGGUCCGCAGUCCUGCCGCCCUGGGUCCCCCGCCCGCCCUGCAGGUCCGCAGUCCUGCCGCCCUGGGUCCCCCGCCCGCCCUGCAGGUCCGCAGUCCUGCCGCCCUGGGUCCCCAGCCCGCCCUGCAGGUCCGCAGUCCUGCCUCCCUGGGUCCCCCGCCCGCCCUGCAGGUCCGCAGUCCUGCCGCCCUGGGUCCCCCGCCCGCCCUGCAGGUCCGCAGUCCUGCCUCCCUGGGUCCCCAGCCCGCCCUGCAGGUCCGCAGUCCUGCCGCCCUGGGUCCCCCGCCCGCCCUGCAGGUCCGCAGUCCUGCCUCCCUGGGUCCCCAGCCCGCCCUGCAGGUCCGCAGUCCUGCCUCCCUGGGUCCCCCCCCGCCCGCCCUGCAGGUCCGCAGUCCUGCCUCCUUGGGUCCCCCGCCCGCCCUGCAGGUCCGCAGUCCUGCCGCCCUGGGUCCCCCGCCCGCCCUGCAGGUCCGCAGUCCUGCCUCCCUGGGUCCACCGCCCGCCCUGCAGGUCCGCAGUCCUGCCGCCCUGGGUCCCCCGCCCGCCCUGCAGGUCCGCAGUCCUGCCUCCCUGGGUCCCCCGCCACGCCCCCACCGGUCGACCCCAACAACCACGCCUACAUUGUUAUUGUCGAUUAAAACUGCAUGA